AUGGCGAUCUCUGAGCUGGCAGGGCGCCGGAAGAAAGGCGGCCAGGGCGCCGUGUGGGUGCAGGCCCUGCGCAACAUCGACUGGCCCGAGGCCCUGCUCUUCGAUUGCGACGGCGUGCUGGUGGACACAGAGGCGGAGGGACACCGCGUGGCUUUCAACGAGGCGUUCAAGCGGAAGGGGCUGGACCACACCUGGAGCCUGGAGCAGUACGGCGUGCUGCUGGAGAUUGGGGGCGGCAAGGAGCGUAUGGACCAUUACUUCAGCAGCUGCGCGGAGCGGGAGCCCUGGGUCAGCGUGACGGACCCUGCCGAGCGCAAGGCCUUCCUCAAGCAGCUGCAUGAGCUCAAGACAGACAUUUUCAACACCUUGAUAGAGACGGGCAGCCUGCCCGUGCGCCCAGGCGUCAAGCGCCUCAUAAACGAGGCGCUGGACAGCGGCGUCAAGGUGGCGGUCUGCUCCACAUCCAACGAGCGCGCCGUGUCCAACAUUGUGCGGGUGCUGCUGGGGGAACGGGCGGCGGCCGCCAUGCGCGUCUUUGCAGGCGACUGCGUGCCCAAGAAGAAGCCCGCGCCCGACAUCUACAACCUGGCGGCGCAGGAGCUGGGCGUGGAGCCGGCGCGGUGUGUGGUGGUGGAGGACAGCCGCAUCGGGCUGGCGGCCGCCAAGGCGGCGGGCAUGCGCUGCGUGGUGACCGAGAGCUUCUACACCAAAGGAGAAGAUUUCAAGAUUGCGGAUGCCGUGUUUGAUUGCAUCGGGGAGGCGGGCGAGGAGCGGUUCAGCCUCUCGGAUCUGACCACGCCAGGCUCUUUCUGGCUGAACCCGCCACUGCCAAUGGACGAGGAGGGCAACUGGGUGAACCCUCCCAAGAGCCCGCUGGAGUUUGAUGUUGACCCUGUGGCCUGA